AUGUCGCUGUUCGGGGCCAAGCCCGCCACCGGUGGCUUGUUUGGCGGCAGCACGACUGCUGCGGCGUCCCCCUUUGGCCAAUCGGCGGCGACGACCCAGCCGCAAACAGGCGGUCUCUUUGGAGCUUCGACACAGACGGCACAGCAACCAGCAGGCGGGCUGUUUGGCGGAGGAGCACAGCAGCAGCAGCAGCAGCAGCCACAGCUCGGAUCGAGUUUGUUUGGCGGCUCCACGUUCAACACAGCCCAGCAGCAACAGCAGCAGCAGCAGCAGCAACAACAACAACAACAACAACAGCAGCAACAGCAACAACAGCUGCAGCAGUCUGUCAACCAGUCAAGUCUCUGGGGCACAUCUGUAUGGCAGCCCGGCCAGCCAGUUGCACCUCUCGAAAAGCCCAUUCCCGACCAGAUUGCUACGCUCAUUGGCAAAUGGAAGCCCGACAACCCAAACACCGUCUUCAAAGAGUACUUUUACAACAAGGUCGACGAGAACCGCGUCCCGUUCUUCCAACCCCAGGCCCACGAGAACCCCCGCGAGUGGGAGGAGGCCCUCCAGAACAAGCCCGCGCCGGGCUACCUCCCUGUUCUGUGCACGGGCUUUGAUGGCCUGGCCACCCGUCUCCAGCUGCAGCGCCGCACCGUCGCCACCUUCAACGCCGGCCUGCACGAGAUCAACACCAAGCUCGACGCCAUCCUGUCGCAGCACGACCUGCAGACGAGCGUGCGCGCCCUCGCGGCACGCCGGCGCCACAACGAGCUGAGCAAGCGGUGCCUGGCGCUCGCGGCCAAGACGCAGGUGCUGCGCAAUCGCGGGUACGCGCUGUCAGGCGACGAGGACGACCUCAAGCAGAAGCUGGCGGCGCUCGAGAAGACGAUGCAGGACCCGGCGCUGAGCGCGCGUAUGGAGGAGCUGUGGAGCCGGCUCAUUGUGCUGCGCAACUAUGCCGACGCGUUGCGCGUGGAGGUGAACAAGCGAGGCAUCAAGGAGGAGGAGGGUCUCGGCGAGGAGAUUGAGGCCAAGGCCAAGAAGAUUGUCGAAGACUACGAGAAACAGCUGCAGCACCUGAAGAAGGAGGUGGACCAGAUCAACACCGACUUUGACGUGUGGCAGAAAGAGCAGAAGUAG